AUGGGAGCCACGAAUCGGAGCACGAGCAAUAAUAGCCUGCUCCCUGGGCUUGGGCUCGCUGGAUUUGGAGGAGGAGGCGGAGGAGCAGGACUUGGAGGAGGUGCCGCGACGACGGGGUUUCCGGGAGGAGGCGGCAUCAGCGCUGAGGAGCUGCUCGACCUGCAGCGCGUCCUGACAGGAGGCGCUGGAGGAGGAGCUGGAGCAGCUGGAGCAGCUGGAGCAGCUGGAGGAGGCGCCGCAGCCAGCGGGCCGCCGCUCCGGUCGGGCCACCAGCAGUGGCAACAGCAGGAGCAGCGGCAGCGGCAGGAGCAGCUGGAGCUGGAGCUACACAGACUGCGUCAGCACCCGCAACAGCAACCUCCGCGUCUUCACCACCGGCAUCACCACCACCACCACCACCACCAGCAUCAGCGCUCGCGGGAUCGCGACUUUGGCGGCAUCGUCAAGCAGGCGCACCGGCCGACGCCGCAGCAGCAGCCGCGCUCCCGCCGCCCCUCGCCUGCACGCGUUGCCGCCGUGUCUGCGUCUGCGGCUGCGCCAGCCGUCGCCCCUGUCAGCGUGCCCCUUAUUAGCAGCGCAAGCAGCAGCGGGAUCCGCAGAGCGGCCUCAUCGCCGCCCACCUCAUCGUCGCCGCCGCCCGCGGCCACGAGGAAGCUGGAGAACGGCAGCGCCAGCAGCGCCAGCACAACCACGACCACCGGCAGAAGCAGCAGGAGCGGCAGCGGCGCCAGCACCGGCAGCGCCAACACCAGCAGCAGCAUGGCGACGGACACCAGCAACAGCCCCCUCUCCCUCUGGGGGCCUGACCCCGUGCCCCUGCCGCCGCGCUUCGCUCGCAUCAAGCGCGCCCUCAUCGCCGGCCAUGAGACCGCCAUCGAGGCCUCGUGGGCCCGCCUGCUCGCUGCCCUGCGCCACGACGUCGAGCACAUCGAGAUGCUCGGCGCCCACCUCGUGCCCUCGGUCGAGUUCGCCGACCUGGCCGACCCAGCCCAGACGCAGCGCUUCGGCCGCGACUUGCGCCGCUACGGCGUCGGCGUCGUCCGCAAGGUCCUGCCACGCGAUGUCGCCGAUGACGCCGUCCGCGACACGGUCCGCUACCUGGACGCCCGCCGCCCGCAGCCGCGGCAGCAGCAGGAGGGAGGUGCCCCGAUGACCGACACCAACGCGCCGGCAGAUGCUGCAGCUGCCGCCGCCACGGCGCACACCAGCUUCCGCGCCCCCAGGCAAGACCCGACAUGCUUCGACUGCUUCUGGACACCCGCUCAGGUCCGCGCCAGGGCGCACCCCAACGUCCGUCGCGCUCAGCGCUUCAUGAUGGGCCUGUGGGAGCCCGACGCCCGGGAUCGGAUUGCGCCCCAUCUGCCCAUCACCUACGCCGACCGCAUACGCGUCCACGGCGGCGGCUUCGACACGGACGCCGGAGGCACGAGCACGCCACCUCCGGCCCCGUCGGACUCGGCCGCCGGAGCAGCAGGUCCCGAGGGGCAGUCGCAGUUCCUCGCGCCCCAGUCCGCCGACGACUGGAUCAAUGCCCUCCAGUCCUCGGCCGGCAUCAUCGCCCAGGUCGACAACGGCUCCCUCGAGCGCUGGGAGCCCGACGGCUACGGCCGCGGUGGCGCCUACGACCACGUCUUCGCCGGCCGCUGGGAGGACCACGACCCCUGGGCCGGCGCUGCCCAACGAGCGAGCUCCACCACAGACCUUUACAACGGCUAUGGCGCCUGCACCGUCUUCCGCAUGUUCCAGGGCCUGCUGGCCCUCUCUACCAUCGAGCCCGGCACCCUGCGUCUCAUGCCCUCGCCGCGCCUCGCCACCGCCUACUACCUCCUGCGGCCCUUCUUCGCUCCGCGCACUCCUCCGCCCGAGGAGCGGCACGGGCCGGCCUGGGAGGCAUAUCUCGCGCCGAACAACUGGGAGCUGCAGCGCGAGCCCGACACCACCAUCCACGGCGCCGUCCCGGGACAUGCACAGCGCGUCACGGAGCGCUGGCACCCGCACCUGUGCCUGCGUAGCAGCCUCGUUACUCUGCCCACCCUGCAGCCCGGCGAUUACAUCUUUUGGCACCCGGACCUACCGUACCACAUCUCGAGCAACGGCAUCGGUAGCAGGCCUCCAGGAACGGUGGCAGCAGCAGGAGGAGGCGCAGGAGGAAGUGCUGGUAGUGCUGCCGACGGCAGCGACGACGUGCGCAUGCUCGUCUACAUCCCCGCCGCGCCGCUCACCCAGACGGGCGCCUUGUACCUGGCCCGUCAGCGGAGGGCGUUUCAGCGUGGCCACCCGGGGCCGGACUUUGACUCGUCGGGUAAGGGUGUGGUCGCCGAGGACUCGGAGCAGCGCCCGCGCGAGGACGAGGUGGAGCGCGUGGGCGGCAAGGAGGCGCUGCGGGCCAUGGGGUUGCUCCCUUGGGAGGAGGAAGAGGAGGGAGAGCGGGGAGAGAGCGGACAGAAGCCCGACAAUGAGCUCGUGAGGCUGGCCAACCUGAUUCUGUUUCCGGAGUGA